AUGUUUCUCUUCCAGCUGCUCAACUUCUUCUUCGUGGCGCCCCAAAAGGAGGAGGAGGACUCUAAGUAUGACUUGUCCCUCUACAAGUGCGGUGACCUUUUGGAGGUCCCCAGGACGUUAUUCACACAUUUCGGUAUCUACCUGGGCGACAACCGCGUGGCUCAUCUCAUCCCGGACUUCCUGCCCGUGAUUACCCGGAAUAAAUCGGCGAUUGCCAAGAUGGUGACGAACAACCGGCUGCUGCUCGGGGUUCUCACCAAGGUGGCGAGCGUCAGAGUGGACUCUGUGGUUGAUUUCGCCUACGGCUCGGAGAUCCUCAUCAACCACAUGGACAAAGUGUGCAGCCAGCCGCCGCUAGAUGGGGACGAAGUGGUUCGGAGGGCGGAGAAACUCUUGGGCUCGGUCAACUACAGCUUACUGUGGUACAACUGUGAACACUACGUCAUGUACUGCAGAUACGGGAUGGCCAUCAGCUACCAGACGUACCAGUUCUGCACAACAGUGAGGAAGAUCGUGUGCAGCAGGAUGAGCUCCUACCUGACUGCUGUGUGCGGAGCCGCCCUCGUCCUCUACCUGGGCUGCGUGACGCCGCUGACGGUUCUACCGACGCUGCUCGUCUCCUUCACCAUCUGGAUGGCGGCCUAAAGGCCUCGCCAGUAAAGACUCUAUCCUAACUCACCAGUGGAUGGUGAAUUGAGGUCCUGUGGUUUGACUUUAUUUGGACGGUUGUAGAUUAUUUUAUACAUGUUUUAUAUAGAUAGAAUUAGCUUUUUAUGCUUUUUUUAAGAGUAGCAGCACAGGAAAUCUUUAGAGACAUUAAAAAGAAGAAACUGACCCAUGAUAUAAACUUUAGCAAUGAUAUAUACGUGAUGUUUCGAGCAAAGCGCAUGCAGGAAUAUCACAGUGGACAUUGUUCUACAUUUUAAGAUCAUUAAAAAGAAAUUUGUCAGUGUGAUACAUUCCCAUCGUGCUCUAUCCUAAAGGCUGGCUUGGACAAAGUGCAAUAACCUUCUUAUGUAAUAGUACUUUGAUAGA